AUGGAUAAAUUAAUACAGGCAAAUCAGGAACUUUAUGAUGAGGUCGAAAGAUUAGCUCAAUUAAAUAGGGAUUAUGAGUGUCAAACAUAUAAUCUCGAACAAGAUAUAGUCUUGCGUGAAGAAAGAAUUCGGUAUCUUGAGGAAGAGUUAGCAAAUACAAUCAAACUUUCUAUACAAGAAAGAGCGAAGCUGAAAGAAGAGAUUAGAGAUUUAAAAAAGAUUGUUUACAAGUUUAAAAAAGAAAUCGAGCAAAAAGACAAGGAACUUAUUGCUAGAGAAAACCAACUAGCAGAAUUUGAU